AUGGGCAAGGAGGCGAAGGAACUGCCGAAGCUGGCCGAGCUCUAUGAGAAGUUAAGCGCUGAGCAACGAAGCAGCUUGUCGAAGGCCGUGACAGAGAAGCUGCAGACCAUGAUCGGUGGCUAUGGAGAGCUUGGGGUUCUUGUUGAGUACAUCUCCGUGAUGCUGCAGUCCAGCAGACCUCCGGAGGCCAUCAAAACCGAGCUUGAGGCCUUCCUGCAAGAUCAGAGUGGGCCCUUCACCAACUGGCUCUGUGAGAAGCUUCAGAAGAUGGUCAAGGAAGGCAACGAAGGCUCCAAGCGGCGCCGUCGUGAGAAGCGGGAAGAUGGCAAGGAGAAGACCAAGGACCCCACCAAGGACGCUGAGAAGAAGGCCAAGAAGGAGAAGAAGGCCCAAGCGGCUCAAGCGGCGGCCCAGGCAGCGGCGACCCCGACGAAUGUGGCGGCAGCUCCUGCCAGAAGCCGCUCGCGGAAGCGACGGCGGCGGGCAGCCACCGCCAGCACCCCGGUGACAGUCACGACACCUGUGGCGAACCAGGCAGAUCGCAAGGCCAAGCUCACCCCAAAUGUCGACUACAUGCACGAGGGACGACCUCCAAAAAGCGAUGGUCGAGAAGGGCCUGCUCCAGGAGGGGACACAUGGGACACUCGCUGGUCAUUCCGAGCCCCUGGGGGGCAACCGAGCCAUGAUCCUGCAGCCUCGCCAUACCAGGGAAGCGGCCCGAGCUACCCGGCUUCUCGCUUUCAGCCGCCUCAUGCAGCCACGCAGGCUCCACAAUACUUCACUCCCAAGAAAUGGAAAGUGGUCCGUGGCAACACUGUGGUGCGAAAGAGUGAGAGGCUGGACAGCGAGGAAGUUCAGAAGUUGCAGGAAGGAGAAAUUGUUGAGCAGGUGGCACCAGCCUUCACGACCGAGAAUGGCAUCAUCCGUGUUCAGAUCCGACACCCGUCAUCCCCGCUGUUCCCAAAACCCAUCGGUUGGGUUACCCAGGACGCCACCGCAGCCGGUGGCCCCAAGUUUCUGGAGCCUGGCCCUGAGCCCAUGCAGCGGGCACAGCCGCAUUCCCAGCCAGCCACGACGCCGGGAUGGAGGCCCCCUCCUUCACCCCAUUGGGGUGCCUGGCGUCCCAGACCAGGCGUGCCUCCACCGCGACCUGCCGCCAACUACGCCCGGCCAGGCUUCCAGAACCUCACCUGGACCCCCAGCUGA